UACAUUUGGCGCCCGUCUUGCUGUCGUUUGCUUGUCUCCCUCCCCUAAAGCUUACUACUUUUUUACUUGUUAACUUCCCUCUUCUUCCUUCUCUGUUUACCCACUUGAACUUGCUUACAUGUGUAGUCAUUUUUAUAUAUGUUCAUGCAUGAAGUCAUGGAGUUUUCACUCUUUUUCUCUCUCUCUCUCUUGUUAGGAAUGUUCCAGCAACUGGGGAAAUGAGUUAUCUCGACUUAUGUUUCUUUCUUAUAUAGCUUGUUCUUGAAGCUGUUGGGUCAUGUUUUUGUCCUUCUCUACCAACUGAUUGUUUGAUAAGCUAGCUUAGGAAAAGUAAAAAAGAUGGCGCAUAGAAGAGGGUCUGAUCAGUCGCCCCCGAGGCGGAUUAUGAGGACUCAAACUGCUGGUAAUCUAGGAGAGAACAUGUUGGAUAGUGAGGUGGUGCCUUCUUCUCUUGUCAAGAUUGCUCCGAUUCUUCGUGUUGCCAAUGAAGUUGAGGGUAGCAACCCCAGAGUUGCUUAUCUCUGUCGCUUCUACGCAUUUGAAAAAGCUCACAGGCUAGAUCCAACAUCUAGCGGGCGUGGGGUUCGACAAUUUAAGACUGCACUUCUUCAACGUCUAGAAAGGGAAAACACGACAACAUUGGCAGGAAGGAGAAAAAGCGAUGCUCGUGAAAUGCAGGAUUUUUAUCAGCAGUACUACAAGAAGUAUAUCGAAGCUUUGCAAAAUGUGGCUGAUAAAGCUGACCGUGCUCAACUUACAAAAGCAUACCAAACGGCUGCUGUCCUUUAUGAAGUCUUGAAGGCCGUGAGUCAGACAGAGGAAGUGGAGGUGGCUGAUGAGAUUUUGGAAGCUCACACUAAAGUUGCAGAAAAGACACAGAUAUAUGUACCAUAUAAUAUUCUUCCUCUUGAUCCUGAUAGUCAAAAUCAGGCUAUAAUGAGAUACCCUGAGAUAAAAGCUGCUGUCUCUGCACUUCGUAAUACCAGGGGUUUACCAUGGCCACAUGGCCACAAGAAGAAACCAGAUGAGGACAUUCUAGACUGGCUCCGGAUUAUGUUUGGUUUUCAGAAAGAUAAUGUAGCAAAUCAAAGGGAGCAUUUGAUUCUAUUGCUUGCAAAUGUUCAUAUUCGGCAAUUUCCAAGGCCCGAUCAGCCACCCAAGUUGGAUGAUAAAGCCUUGACGGAUGUUAUGAAGAAACUUUUCAAGAACUACAAGAAAUGGUGCAAAUAUUUGGGUCGCAAAAGUAGCCUUUGGUUGCCAACCAUUCAACAGGAAGUGCAACAACGGAAGUUACUAUACAUGGGUCUGUAUCUUCUGAUAUGGGGAGAAGCUGCAAACUUAAGAUUCAUGCCUGAAUGCCUUUGCUAUAUUUAUCAUCACAUGGCAUUUGAAUUAUAUGGUAUGUUGGCUGGAAGUGUCAGUCCAAUGACAGGUGAGCAUGUAAAACCCGCCUAUGGUGGCGAAGAGGAGGCUUUCUUGAGGAAAGUAGUGACUCCAAUAUAUGAAACAAUAGCAAAGGAAGCCAUACGGAGCAGUGGAAAGUCGAAGCAUUCACAAUGGAGAAAUUAUGAUGAUUUAAAUGAAUACUUCUGGUCAAUUGAAUGUUUUCGUUUAGGUUGGCCGAUGCGUGCUGAUGCUGAUUUCUUUUGCCAGCCUGUUGAUAAGCUGAAAUAUGACAAAGAUGAGAAACCAGCUUAUCGAGAUCGGUGGAUUGGGAAAGUUAAUUUUGUUGAAAUACGCACCUUUUGGCAUAUUUUCAGAAGCUUUGAUAGAAUGUGGACUUUUUAUAUUUUGUGUUUACAGGCAAUGAUCAUUAUUGCUUGGAAUGGAUCUGGGGAAUUAAGUUCCAUACUUGAUGGUGAUGUUUUCAAAAUGGUUCUCAGCAUCUUCAUAACUGCAGCUAUAUUGAAGCUUGGACAAGCUGUCCUUGAUAUAAUUCUUAGUUGGAAAGCAAGGCGGAGCAUGUCAUUGUAUGUGAAGCUAAGAUAUAUUUUGAAGGCUCUUUCGGCGGCCGCAUGGGUUAUAAUUCUACCAGUAACUUAUGCAUAUAGUUGGAAAAAUCCUCCUGGAUUUGCCCAGACCAUUAGAAGUUGGUUUGGAAAUAGCCUAAGUUCACCCUCCUUGUUCAUUUUGGCCAUCCUCAUCUACUUAUCGCCAAACAUGCUCUCUGCAAUAUUGUUUAUGUUCCCCUUCAUUCGACGGUUUCUUGAAAGGUCAAACUAUAAGAUUGUGAUGCUCAUGAUGUGGUGGUCUCAGCCUCGGCUCUAUGUUGGAAGGGGAAUGCAUGAGAGCUCAUUGUCACUUUUCAAGUACACCAUGUUUUGGGUCGUCCUUAUGGUAGCAAAGUUAGCAUUCAGCUUUUAUGUUGAGAUUAAGCCUCUUGUGCGCCCAACAAAAGAAAUCAUGCGAGUUCACAUAAAAACCUAUAAGUGGCAUGAGUUCUUCCCUCGAGCCAAGAACAACAUUGGCGUUGUCAUUGCUCUCUGGGCUCCUAUAAUUCUGGUUUAUUUUAUGGAUACUCAAAUUUGGUAUGCUAUAUUUUCCACUAUGGUUGGAGGUAUAUAUGGUGCUUUUCGUCGUCUUGGAGAGAUAAGAACAUUGGGAAUGUUGAGGUAUCGAUUUCAAUCACUACCAGGUGCCUUCAAUGCCUGCCUGGUUCCAGCAGGAAAGGAUGAGAAGACAAAGAAAAAAGGACUUAAAGCAACUUUCUCUAGCAAAUUUGAGCAGAUCCCAUCUAGUAAAGAUAAGGAGGCAGCAAGGUUUUCCCAGAUGUGGAAUCUAAUAAUCAGUAGUUUCAGAGAGGAGGAUCUAAUUAGCAAUCGGGAAAUGGACCUCUUGCUUGUCCCAUAUUGGACUGACCCAGAUUUGGACCUUAUCCGGUGGCCACCUUUUUUACUUGCAAGCAAGAUUCCUAUAGCAUUGGAUAUGGCAGAGCAUAGCAAUAAAAAGGACCGUGAGCUGAAGAAGAGAUUGAAUGCUGAUAAUUAUAUGCGUUGUGCAGUUCAAGAGUGUUAUGCUUCUUUUAAGAAUUAUUUUUCGAAUAGAGGCAAUAACUCCUCAAUAAUAUGUUUUUCUUUUUGUUCUUUUAGGGUCCUAACUCCUUACUAUGAAGAGGAUGUUCUUUUCUCAAUAAAUGGCCUGGAAAAACCAAAUGAAGAUGGAGUUUCUAUCCUUUUCUACUUACAAAAGAUCUUUCCAGAUGAAUGGAAAAACUUUCUUCAACGUGUUGAGUGUAGUAGUGAGGAAGAACUCAGAGCGAGAGAAGAUCUUGAAGACAAGCUUCGACUAUGGGCAUCAUAUAGAGGCCAAACAUUGACCAAAACCGUGCGGGGCAUGAUGUAUUACCGAAAAGCUUUGGAGCUUCAGGCCUUCCUUGAUAUGGCAAAAGAUGAAGAUUUAAUGAAUGGUUACAAGGCUGCUGAGUUAAACAGUGAGGAACAGUUGAGGAGUGAAAGAUCACUCUGGGUGCAGUGUCAGGCAGUAGCUGAUAUGAAGUUCACUUAUGUGGUCUCGUGUCAAAAGUAUGGGAUUCAUAAACGGUCUGGUGAUGCUCGUGCAAAAGAUAUUCUGGGGCUUAUGACAACGUAUCCAUCUCUUCGCGUGGCUUACAUCGAUGAGGUUGAGGAAGCUAGUAAAGAUAAAUCUAAAAAGACUGUUCAGAAGGUUUAUUAUUCAGCUCUUGUGAAAGCUUCUGUGCCAACUAAACUCAUGGAUUCUUCUGAGCCUGUUCAAUCUUUAGACCAGGUUAUCUACCGUAUAAAGCUUCCAGGACCUGCAAUACUGGGAGAAGGGAAACCAGAAAAUCAGAAUCAUGCUAUUAUUUUCACACGUGGUGAAGGUUUACAAACAAUAGACAUGAAUCAGGAUAACUAUAUGGAAGAAGCUUUCAAAAUGAGGAACUUGCUGCAAGAAUUUGUUAAACAUCAUGGUGUUAGACCACCAACGUUACUUGGAUUUCGGGAGCACAUAUUCACCGGCAGUGUUUCAUCUCUUGCAUGGUUUAUGUCAAAUCAGGAGAAUAGUUUUGUAACUAUUGGGCAGAGAGUGCUGGCUAACCCAUUGAAAGUCCGGUUCCACUAUGGUCACCCAGAUGUGUUUGAUAGACUAUUCCAUCUUACAAGAGGUGGUGUCAGCAAAGCUUCUAAAGUCAUCAACUUAAGUGAAGAUAUAUUUGCAGGUUUCAAUUCUACCUUACGCGAAGGCAACGUCACUCAUCACGAAUAUAUACAAGUUGGUAAAGGGAGAGACGUGGGCCUUAACCAGAUAUCAGUGUUCGAGGCCAAGAUAGCCAAUGGAAAUGGUGAGCAGACACUGAGUCGGGACAUUUACAGGCUGGGGCAUCGAUUUGAUUUCUUUAGGAUGCUUUCAUGCUAUUACACCACAGUUGGGUUCUAUUUCAGUACUCUGCUAACUGUACUUACAGUCUACGUAUUCCUUUAUGGCCGAUUAUAUCUAGUUUUGAGUGGACUUGAAGAGGGAUUGAGUAACGAGCGUGCUAUUCGUGACAACAAAGCUCUUCAAGCUGCUCUUGCUUCUCAAUCUGUUGUGCAGAUCGGGUUCUUGAUGGCCUUGCCUAUGAUGAUGGAAAUUGGUCUUGAGAGGGGCUUUCGUAGUGCACUAAGUGAUUUUAUACUAAUGCAACUACAGUUGGCUCCUGUGUUUUUCACAUUUUCUCUGGGAACAAAAACACACUACUACGGAAGGACAUUACUCCAUGGGGGUGCACAGUACAGAGGAACAGGCCGUGGUUUCGUGGUGUUUCAUGCAAAGUUUGCUGAUAACUAUAGGUUCUACUCCCGUAGCCAUUUCGUGAAGGGAAUUGAACUGCUGAUUCUCCUUGUUGUGUACCAUAUAUUUGGCCAUUCAUAUAGAAGUGCAAUUGUAUAUCUGCUAAUAACAGCAACAAUAUGGUUUAUGGUAGGGACAUGGCUUUUUGCACCUUUCCUCUUCAACCCGUCAGGUUUCGAGUGGCAAAAGAUUGUCGAUGACUGGACAGACUGGAAUAAGUGGAUAAACAACCGGGGUGGAAUUGGUGUACCUCCAGAAAAGAGCUGGGAAUCUUGGUGGGAAAAGGAACAACAGCAUCUUCGAUACUCUGGACUUCGUGGCAUCACAACCGAGAUAUUGCUAGCAUUCCGCUUCUUCAUCUAUCAAUAUGGCCUUGUAUAUCAUCUAAAUAUUACUAAGAAUACUCAAAGUUUUCUGGUUUAUGGAGCUUCAUGGGUUGUGAUUAUGUUAAUAUUACUUCUUAUGAAGGCGGUAUCUGUAGGCAGACGGAAAUUCAGCGCAAACUUUCAGCUUCUUUUUCGAUUGAUUAAGGGUCUAAUAUUCCUGACUUUUUUAUCCGUUUUCAUCACUCUAAUAGUAGUGCUGAAUAUGACCCUGAGAGACAUCAUAGUCUGCAUCCUUGCUUUCAUGCCAACAGGAUGGGGCCUGCUGCUGAUUGCACAAGCUUGCAAGCCUCUGAUACAGCGAGCUGGAUUCUGGGGAUCGAUUAUGACACUUGCUCGGGGUUAUGAGAUAGUAAUGGGAUUGCUUUUGUUCACGCCAGUAGCCUUCCUGGCUUGGUUCCCGUUUGUAUCAGAAUUCCAGACACGAAUGCUCUUCAACCAAGCAUUCAGCAGAGGUUUGCAGAUAUCGCGUAUUCUUGGGGGACAGAGGAAAGACCGGUCCUCCAAGAGUAAGGAGUGAAUGCUUCUCGAGCAAGUAACCUUCGUUUUCGGAUUUGUACAUGGAUUCAAUCUUUCUUUUUUUUUCUUUUUAACACUCAUCAUCCUCUCCAUGGCAUGUAGGGAAAAUGUUUAUAGCAAUACAUAUGUAUAUAGGUUUAGAUAUUGCAUUGAAUGGAUAGAAGCUGUAUCUUGCUGAGAUUAUUAUAGAAGUGAAAAUUAAAUAAUGUUUUUGAGACCA